AUUCCCCCAAUUCCAAAACUCCCUCCACUCAUCCGUAUACUAUACUUCUCCACUAAACCAUUUCAAGAAACCCUAAACAAUGUCAUAGAGAGAUCUCAUACACCCCUUCCAAUAUUUUGCUCUAUCCCAUGGAGAUCCACCUCCCAUAGGAAGCAUUCUUCUCACUGCUCCAGGUCUAUUCCACCACCGCUUCUAUUCUUCUCAACCUUCCGCACUUAUAAUCCCUGGUCCUCCAAAUAUUAAUCCCAAUUUUACGAGAGAACUUCUUGCAAGGCUCUGAAGGAGCGGAACGACUGUGACAAUCCUCAGGAGUAUUGUUCGAGGACAGGAGCAAAAAAAGGGGUGCUACUUCUACAGAUAAAUAAGUUCUAACAUGAUUCCGGCAAAAGGAUUUGGGGCUGCCAUGCUAAAUAGGACAGGAGCUAACAAAACCCAAGAAAAAAGUGGCAGCUCAAGCAUCUCAAAACAACCAGCAAGUCACAGUCAGUCAAGAUCAUCUACCCCGUUUGCAGUGAACAGAAAAAGUACAUCCUGGCCAGUUGGGCAAAAUAGGCAAAUUCUCCAACCGCCUCCGUCCCAAUAUAACCAGUCGUCUCAUGGUCUGAGACAUACGAAGUCAGCCACAAAUAACCAACAACGUGUAAUUCCAACACUCCAAAACCUCGAACCAUUAUCCAAUGAUGAGAAUAACUCAUCAACACCUGAAACUGGUGAGGAUCCACUAGAAGACAAUGCUGCCACACACAUUUCAAAUGAAGAUACCGAAGAGGAUCCCAAAGAAUGGAAGCCGGAAGUAUACGCUCAUCUUAAUUGGGGGGAAUCACCUCUGGACCCUUUCAAAUCUGUAUCAGUUGCACAAUUUGAAAAGCCCAACGUUGGUGUAAAUGCAACCAAGAACCUAACAAACAUAGUUAUCAACCAAAGAAGUUUGAGAUUCCAGAGAAUUGUGGGUAAACAGAUCAGAUAUAAUUUGCACCCUGCAGGCCAACAUUGGAAAUGGGUUCCAGAGAGAACAAAGAAGCUUUAUUGGGAUCAGUUUAAGAGGUUAGUUACUUGGGAUAUUGAGCAGUUCAGUGAUGAGCAAAUAAAAGAAGGUUAUAUAAAUUAUUUGAAAGAACAUGCCUACUCCAACAUUUUGACUCGAAUAAGGAACAAGCGGCCUGUAACUGUGAACGAUUUCACUUGGUCAGUUGUGAAAGAAUAUAUGAGGUCUAAACAGUUCCUAAGGGCAUCUAAGUCCGGUAAAAAAAACCGCCUUGCUGGUGGGGAUAGAUGCAAGCAGUAUGGGGGAUCCCGAGCUGCUGUUGAUGUAGCUACACAGGAGUUGAGGGCCACAGGCAAAGAAAUAAAUCCUGUGAAGAUGUAUGGUACUUAUCACCCAGACAAAAGGAAGAAUGGAGAGCUUAUUACUUGUGCUUCACACGAUGUGAUAAAGGAGGCUUUGAGUAAAUUGUACGAUGUUUGUCAAGAUGAUAGCCCACAACAAUCUGAACCUUCAAGUCAAGAGGAAAGCUCUACAACACCUAAUAUCUCUUCAGCUAAGUUAUCUUCAAGAUACUUGGAAAUCGUUGGGUGCAACAAGAAAAGAGUUCUUGGAACGGGCAGUUAUUCAAAGGCUUUCCUUCAUCGAGUAAGUGUUUGUAAUGCAGAACACUCGUCUUCAUCAAGAGCUCGUCGGUUGCAUGAUUUUUGUGUUUUUUGGGAUGCACGCAUGAGGGAGUUCUUAAUUUCAGAAGGUGAUCAACUCCCCCCUGAAAUGCCAAUUGUGGAUGACAUUAUUCAAGACAAGGAACCCGACUCACAGCCCAAGAACUUUGAACAAACGUGGCUGCCAUUUUUGAAAUCAAUGGGGAUCGAUGCACCAAGUUUCUUUGCCACAUCAGAAUCCUCUAAAGACUCCAUGGACUCUCUUGAUGAAUAACUCUCUCAUUAGAUUUGUGUUAAGUUUGAUAUUAAUGUGUUUUUUUAAUGUUGCAUUUCACUAUGGAUUGAUGAAUGAUGAAUGAUGAAUGUUUAUUUAUUAGCAAGCUUUUGAUCAAUACAUAAAAUAUUAUGUGUUGAAAGUCUAUUAGAUGUUUUGUGAUUUGCAUUGAGAAUUUAGAUCUACAUUUUUUGGAAUAUAAAUCUUGCAA